AGAAGACCUUAUUGUGUAUUCAAAAAUUUAUAUUAUUUUUCUUUUAUUUAAAAAAUUUUUUUUAGCUGACUAAACUUGUAACAAAAAAAAUAAUUAAGAAGGCGAAUUUUCGUAUUCAUUUAUAUUCCACAUUUGAGACUUCUUUGUUUGUCGGUUCCGUUUAGUUUUACUGCUCUAUCCGAGUGCGCGUCUAUUGUGGUUUAGCUGCUAAAUACCUGAAUUCCAAGCCUAAAUCGCGUGUGAAACGAACUUAGAGCUACGAAAUACUCCAGUCGCGGACGCAAGAUGCCGGCUCCUCAGGAAGCAGCUGUUUUGAACAAAACAGAAACUGCGUCUAAACCCAAAUCCCGCGGAGGGAUGAGCGAGAAAUCUAUAGAGGAUCAGCGUGCCCAUGACCGUGUGCCUGUAAGUCGGAAGCGAGCGCACCGCUCUACUUCCGCAGGAGCAUCGUCACCCAAGAUCCCAUCAAGUUAUUCUCCAUCAAGUUAUUUUUCAUCAAGUGAUUCUUUAUCAAGAGAUUCUUCGUCAAGUGAUUUUUUGUACCUUGAUUUUUUGUCAAGAGAUUCUUCAUCAAGAGAUUCUUCCUCAAGAGAUUCUUCAUCAAGAGAUUCUUCACCAAGAGACUCUUUAUUAAGAGAUUCUUUAUCAAGAGAUUCUUUAUCAAGAGAUUCUUUAUCAAGAGAUUCUUUAUCAAGAGAUUCUUCAUCAAGUGAUUCUCCAUCAAGGGAUUCUUCAAAUGAUUCUUCAUCAAGUGAUUUUCAAUCAAGUGAUCAUCCUUCAAGUGAUUCUUCUAUAAAGCGUGAGCGUGCUUUUGACCGUGUGCUAUCAAAAAUCAAGAAGCGUCUACGUCGAAAGCGAGCGCACCGCUUUUCUUCCGCAGCAGCAUCCUCAUCCAAGAUCCCAUCAAGUUAUUCUCCAAUUUAUUCUCCAUCAAGUUCUCCAAGUUAUUAUCCACUUCAUUCUCCAUCAAGUGAUUUUUCAUCAAGUGAUUCUUUAUCAAGUGAUUCUUUAUCAAGUGAUUCUUUAUCAAGUGAUUCUAUAUCAAGAUAUUCUUUAUCAAGAGAUACUUUUUCAAGAGAUACUUUUUCAAGAGAUUCAUUAUCAAGAGAUAUUUUAUCAAGAGAUUCUUCAUCAAGGGAUUCUUUAUCAAGGGAUUCUUUAUUAAGGGAUUCUUCAUCAAGGGAUUCUUUAUUAAGGGAUUCUUCAUCAAAUGAUUCUCCAUCAAGGGAUUCUUCAAAUGAUUCUUCAAGUGAUUCUCAAUCAAGUGAUCAUCCUUCAAGUGUGCUAAGUCGAAAGCGAGCGCACAGCUCAACUUCCGCAGCAGCAUCCUCAUCCAAGAUCCCAUCAAGUUAUUCUCCAUCAAGUUCUCCAAGUUAUUAUCCACUUGAUUCUCCAUCAAGUGAUUUUUCAUCAAGUGAUUCUUUAUCAAGUGAUUCUUCAUCAAGUGAUUCUUUAUCAAGUGAUUUUUUAUCAAGAUAUUCUUUAUCAAGAUAUUCUUUAUCAAGGAAUUCUUUAUCAAGGAAUUCUUUAUUAAGGGAUUCUUCAAAUGAUUCUCCACCAAGUGAUUCUCAAACAAGUAAUCAUCCUUCAAGUGAUUCUUCUAUAAAGCUUAAGCGUGCUUUUGACCGUGUGCUAUCAAAAAUCAAGAAGCGUCUACGUCGAAAGCGAGCGCACCGCUCUACUUCCGCAGCAGCAUCCUCAUCCAAGAUCCCAUCAAGUUAUUAUCCACUUCAUUCUCCAUCAAGUGAUAUUUCAUCAAGUGAUUUUUCAUCAAGUGAUUCUUUAUCAAGUGAUUCUUUAUCAAGUGAUUCUUUAUCUAGUCAUUCUUUAUCAAGUGAUUCUUUAUCAAGAUAUUCUUUAGCAAGAGAUACUUUAUCAAGAGAUUUAUUAUCAAGAGAUUUUUUAUCAAGAGAUUUUUUAUCAAGAGAUUCGUCAUCAAGAGAUUCUUUAUCAAGGGAUUCUUCAAAUGAUUCUCCACCAAGUGAUUCUCCAUUAAGUGAUUUUUCACUUGAUAAUGUACCAAGUUAUUUGACAAGUUCUUCGUCAAAUUAUUUUUCAAGUGAUUCUUCGUCAAGUGAUUCCUUAUCGUGAGUCCCCAUCAAGUGAUCCUCCAUCCCAUAUCCAGCGGGAUAACUAGCUGGCGAGUACAGCCCGGAAACUGCAGCGAGAGAGUCUGCAGAAUAAAGCCAAAUUUUAAAAACUGUAACCAAAUAUUGA